AUGGACGUCCCGGCGCGGCCGCAAAGCAGCCUUCUCACCUCUCCGCCCGAACUCACAUCCCUCGAGCAGGAGGUGUUGGAGGAGUAUGAGCGCCUGGCCGAGAACAUGAAAAAGCUCGCCUCCCUCCUCGACAACCUGGCCAGCGCGCCGGCCACCGAGAUCCUCGACGGCCUGCGCGACCUGGAGCGCAAGACCAGCCUCGUCUUCACCUUGCUCAAGGCCAGCGUGUACAGCAUCGUGCUGCAGCAGGAGAUUGACUGGGGUGGGCAGCAGCAGCAGCAGCAUCAUCAGCAUGGGCCUUGA